AUGCUCUGCGACGUCUGGACGCUCGCCAGAAACGCCAGGAAGCUUGCCUUCCACCCCUGGGCCCGAGGGCGAACGGCAGUGGUCGGCAGCCUCUGCGACGCUCCGAUCGGCUCCUCGACCUCAUCGCCUGCGACGAGCCAGCAUGGCUCGUCGCUCGACGGCAGCCUGCCCAGUAUGCUCUUGGCAUUCUUCAGGCACGCGCUUUACGAGCUCGGCACCGACGGUUACUACGCGUGCCCAACUCGGAGGAUCGCCUCGGCUGUGGCGUCUCGCCUGCCGGGCAGCGUUUUCCGCUAUGUUUUCGCGGCAGCGAUCGUCGACAUUGACACGCGCCGAAUGCCUGACUGGGCUCGCACGCUCCUGUUUCCUCUGAGGGAACGGCUGGCGGACCCGUUGCUCGGCGCUUACCACGGCUCGGACUCUGAGUUGUUGUGGAGCGACCCGUACACGCUCCUCGACGCCGAGGAGAGCGCCCUUCGCCGCCGGAUGCUGCAGCACUGGCUCAGCUUCGUCAAGACAGGCCGUCCGAUGGAGAGUUGGCCUGCCUUUGGAUCGACCGAGUCGUUCAUCAAGCUCGACACGAGCGGCGACCGCGUCGGCGAGCAUUGGCACCGCGCAAGCUGUGAGAUCUUACAGCGCUUUCGCUUUGUAUGGGACCCGGGAUGA